AAAAUACUUAAAACUAUAGCUGCUGGGCACACUGGAUUUUUCGAGCAAGCUACAUUUUUUAAAUAGGAAUUAUUGAAAUGGAAAUCCUGAAUGAAGAUGCAUCAAAAACACUUACAAAACCACCAAAAACUAGCAUGUCCACGGGCGGCAAAAUCCUGAUAGCAGCCACCGGCGGAAUCGGCAUCGGCCUGUCCAUUGUGUGCGCCUCAUUUGUGGCACCUGCCUUUCGACGGUUUUGUUUACCUUAUGUGCCCGCUACAACAGAACAAAUCCAAAAUGUGCUCAGCUUCCUGCCCAAGAAUUCCCGUGGCAAGCUGCUGGACAUUGGCUCCGGCGACGGCCGCAUCGUGGUAGCGGCGGCCCAGCACCACCGGGGACUGAGAACCGACGGCGUGGAGCUGAAUCCUUGGCUAGUCUACUACUCUCGCCUGUCUGCUCUACGUCACGGGGUCUCAAAACAGACGAAAUUCUUCCGCCGCGAUCUGUGGAAGUUCGAUAUAAAGGAUUACAAUUUUGUGGUCAUCUUCGGAGUGGAGCAGAUGAUGCAAGACCUGGAGCAUAAACUGAUCACCGAGUGUCCCCACAACACAAAGAUCAUCGCCUGCCGCUUUCCACUGCCCAACAUGGAGCAUGCAAAAAUCAUUGAGGACGGCGUAAAUACCGUGUGGUUCUAUGAUCUCGACAAACAGAGUGGGAGCAGCUAAUAAAUGGCUGGGAAAAGUUUUAAGAUAUUGUA